CGAAACGGCGAACAGUUGAACAGCAGCACUCGGAGCGUUCGGAACAGUUACCGGCUUAGGCGAAAGCGGCACACACAACUUCUCACGCACUUCAGCAAAUAUUCUACUUCUCCACUGUACGGGUACCUCAUUCCAUUCCGUUGUUCAGUGUUCGGUUCAGCACGGGUUGGUUCAAUUAAUUCAGUUUCAGCCUUCAGUAGGUACUGGUGGAUUUUUUUCACACACUUCUCCUGUUAUACCGACAAAAUAGUGGCAAAGUGUUAAACACUAGCAAACUACCGUUACGUGUAUUGAACAACAGUAGAAAACGCAUCGUCAGCCUAACUGAACUAAACGAACUAAAAAUCCAGCAAAAUGGCCGAAAAUUGUGGAAAGUGCAAAAAAUCGAUUAGCAAGGAGGGCAUCGUCAUUUGCAAUUCAGACGAUUGCAUGAAAAAGUUUCAUCGCACUUGCGUGAAUAUCGACGAUGCCAUCUACGAUGCGAUUCAGAAGAACCCUUUGAUUUCCUUCAAUUGUGAGGAAUGUAAAAAUCAAUCGCCCAAAGCGCUAGCCGCCAAACUGCAGACGAUGGAGGAGAAACUGAAUAAAGUCUACAAUGGCGUGAAUCAGAUCUCGACACGUAUGUAUCAGCAAUAUUUCCAAUUCGGCAACGCGAACAAUGUGGACCCGAAGAAGCAAACCAAUAAUCUCAUCGUCGUUGGUAACAACUGUAAUUCGGAUCGUCUGCAAGUUGUCUGCGAUUAUGGGCGCUGGGUGCAGGUGGGCAAAUUCGCAACCUCCACUAGUGAGGAUGACAUUAUCGAGCAUUUGGCUGAGGAAUUGAAGAUCAAUAAGAAUCUAGUCAAAUGCACCAAAUUGGUGAAGAACGAUGCGAAUCUAUCGCAAUUGUCAUAUUGUAAAUUUAAGAUUUCCAUACCGGAUUAUCGUUUCAAUGAGCUAUUCAAUGAGAAUAUCUGGCCCAGUGGUGUUAUGGUCAGUCCAUUCACACCACGUUCGCAAUUGAAUCAGAAUCGUAUAUAAGGCAAAGCCAUUGAAGGGCGGGUGGACGAGGGCGCUAAUCGCAGACGGAUAAAUACGAAGAAGAAGAAGCGGAAAAGAACAAAGGAGGAUGGGGAGGAGAACGGCGGGGAGGGUGAUAACGAAAAGCACGAAAAGAACGAAAAGCAAAUGGAGUCGCGACCACAACAACCGGCUGCGACUGCGACUCCGACUGCGACAACGGUAUUGCAGCACGACGAAACACCGGCGGCGGCUGAAACGGGCACAACAACGCCAGCGAACUGUGACAAUGCAGGAAAACAGGUGAAGAACGUAGGCAACAAUGAAGCGGCGCUAAAUGAAGUGCAAACCGAGGAAACACAAGCACAGUAUCGCGAAACAGCAGACGAGGGCGUGUGGGAAGUGGAAGCAGCAAUGCCGGAAAACGAAACGAAUGACGUGUCUGAUGCAACGCCAGCGGCCGAAGAGGAGGAAGCAGAAGUAGAAAUAGAUGAAGAAGAGGAAGUGGGCGAACGGGCAGCAGGCACGGCAGCAGUUGAGGAAGUCGCCGGCGAGAGCAUAAACGGUUAGGGGCAUGGCAUGUGUGUACGAUAGAGACAAAGUCCUUCGCUUUUCCGCUAAGUGGGCGAUGCAGAUGGGUGGGGGAACGCGAGCGCGCAACGUAUAUAUAAACUUAUGUAUAUACACGGCAAUGGGGUUGAAACAAUAACGAGCGAUUCAAUGGCUAACAGCUCGACUGAUAGGGGAUAGAAAAAAAUGAGAACCGAACAUACACACUUACAUAAAUGUAAUGGGAAUGUGUACGAUUUUGAAAUACAAAAACAAAAAUGGCACAUUUAUGUACAUUUUCUACAUUUUCCAAUAUGAAUUAAGCCGAGCUCGCCACUAACAAGGGCUUGGCUUUAAUUUUCAAACAUUUAACAUACAUACAAACAAUCGCAUGGUAUUGUUUUCGGAAAAUUCAUGGAAAAGUUUUAAUGGCAAAUAAAUGCUGCUAAAUUCAUUACGCACCAGCUGCGAUGGUGAAGCAUUUCAAGUGUUUUAAAAUGUGAAAUUGGCGAAAAUAACUGAAAUAUACAGUUUUAUAUAGAAGCAGUCACAAUGCUAAAAUAUAUCUAUUUAUAUGCAGAAAUUAUGUGCAUGAUUUAUCUAGUAAUUUACAAAGCAAAAUAAUAAUGAAUAUUUGUCGUACUUACACACUUAUCAACGCAAACGAAAAAAGAAAACUAUAUUUAAAACAUUUAAGAGACGUACAUAACCAGUACAUAACCAAAUGAUACCGUAAAGCAGACACGAAGUGGAAAUUAUCUAAACAAAAAUUAUGCAUCUAUUUGCAACUAAUAUUCCCUUUAAAGACAUACAUACAUAUGUAACACGCAGACGAAGUUAGAAAACCAAAAAACAUAAAUAUUUUAGUACGAUUAGCGCUACUGUAAAGCAAAUACCAAAUACUUACAAAUACACGUAUACUUUUUACUAUAUUUAAAAGCAUAAAUUUGCAUUAUUAUAUAUAUAAAUAUUUUUUUAUAAUUUCCAUGUAAUUUCAUAAGAAAAAAUAGUUUUGAACUUAACAGCAUGUAUUACUUUAUGUUUAGUUUUUACCAUUCAUGUAAUUUCAUUGGAAAAAAUAGUUGUGAAAAUAAUAAAAAAAAUAUUGCUACUAAAUUUCAAAACUUUAAAAAGAAUUUUAGCGCUAACCGCACUUUUAUAAAUAGGAUAAAUUAACAUUAUUUAUAAAAAAAAACUAAAUAUUUCCAAUAUGAAUGUUUAUAUACUAUUUAAUAUGCUACUACCCAUAUUCAUGAAAAAAGAAGUUUUUGAAAUUCAAAAAAAUCUGAACUUAAAAUAUUUGAUCAGAUUCUUAAAAAAAAAUUUUU